AUGACGCCCAAGGAGAGAACAGGCUCCUUCUACACCAACAUGGCCACUCUCUCGACCGUGUUAGUGUCAGAGUCGCUCUCGGCGACGCUCAUGAUGCCGUUUGUGGGACUGCUUGUGGCGCAUCUCGAGGACAUUCCACCCAGUAAGGCGGGCUACGUGUCUGGUCUGCUGAUUUCCAUUUAUCAGCUAGGUCAGAUGUUGACGGGGAAGCUGUGGGGGACGGCAAGCGACCGAGUCGGGCGGAAGCCGAUUAUUCAGGUAGGACUCCUAACGAACGCCAUAGUAUCAAUCUUCUUUGGCAUGAGCCCAAGUUUGAAGCUCUGCAUAAUCACACGCUUUAUCCAAGGCUGUGCUAACGGGAACGUGCUGGUGGCGAAGACGGUGAUUGCAGACAUCACCGACAAGGAGACAGAAGGUAUGGGCUUUGCGGCCAUUAACAUUUUCUGGGGGGUGGGCUCUGUGGUCGGGCCAGCGCUUGGAGGACACCUCUACAACCCAAUUCACCACGCCGUACUGGGCCCCUGGUUGUUCCCUGGUAUGUCGGAGGACAGCGGCAACAUCUUUGUGGUGCAUCCAGCGCUGCUGCCGUGCUUGCUAAUCAGCCUCAUUUCAGUAAUCACACUCCUCGUGAUUUCGCGAGUCUUGCCAGAGACCAACCGCCGCCCAGUCGAGCCCUUCAUGUCACUCUUUAUGUCUACCUCGCAGCGGAAAUGUCGAUCGUCCGACGCGCCCCAACAGCACGGCGUGGGUGUUGCCGACCACGCCAACUCUGCCGAACAGAUUGCCGUUAUCGAAGAUGACGACUACGAUGGGGGUGUUGUUUCUGAGGAUGCGUACCCAAAUGCUGCAGCCGCCGAUGACCUUAGCGGACGCGAAGGUGGCGCAUCCUUGCAUCCGCUGCUUUCGAAAGAGGCGUUUGCAUCUACAAGCCUACCGUCAACGCAGGAGAGCCUGAAACAGAGGACUGCUAUCUCCUCAUUCACAAGAAACUUUGGCAGCUCGAGCCCCGAUACUGGAAUGAGUGGAGGCGCUAGUCGGUACGGCCUUUCAGAGCGCCAUACAUCCCAUGUGCCCCCUCAUUCUUCUUUAGUGUGCCUGCUCCAAAAUGCGCGUUGCUGUGAGGGCAGCGGUCACACUCUGCCGGGUCGGCUCGACAAGAAGGUGGCGUUGUCGCCGCUCCAUUCGUUACCAGAGACGCAGUUCAAGGAAAAGACCGACUGUCAGAAGUCGUUUUCUUGUAAACCUCACGAUGGCACAGCUGAUAGUGCCUUACUGAGGCAUGCUUCUCAAACGGUUACGCUUGGGUUUGGAGAGGUAUUUGCGCUGCCGAGCUCGCGGACCGCAUUGAUCAUGUACAUGUGCAUUGCCUCCACGGACAGUGCGCUGCUGGAAGUGAUUCCGCUUUGGGCAAUUGCAGAGCGCCCCAAAGGGGGCCUGGGCCUUGCCUCCGCCGACAUUGGUAUUCUCCUGGGCAUCUCUUCUGUUGUAUAUGCUGCAGCGAGUUUGCUCUUUAGUCGUAUCCUGAAGUAUCUCGGCGGCGCCACACGACCACUGUGGGACUUUUCAGCGCUUCUGUGGUGCAUCACCUGUAUCCUUACACCCUGCUGUGCGUACUUGACGGACAAGUCCACCAUGUUCUAUGCUGUUGCUGUUGCCACCUCGACGCGCGAGAUAGGUAUCUCCUGGUGCUUCUCCAUCAUCUUCAUGUGUGUGGUGCGCAGUGCGCCGGACGAGUGCGUCGGCUCAAUCAACGGAAUCGCUCAGUCAAUCGCCUCCUUAUCGCGCAUGACGACGAUGGCAGUAAUUCCGCCGCUCUUUGCGUGGUCGCUGAACGGCGUCACACACCCGUUCCCGUUCAACUAUCAUUUUGUCUUCUGGAUUACGUGCGUGCCACUGCUUCUGAGUUUUAUCCUCUCCUCCCUUCUGCCAAUCCGAGUGUCGGGCUGA